CCAUCAGAUGAUGGACCCCGUCCAGAUUUCAAUAUAAAAGCGGUGAGCCCCCGAUGCAAGUCAAACCAUUCUCCCCUUGUGAUCAUCCCAGAGAACAUCUCAGCUCCAAAACACUCCUUCAACAUGGUUCGUCCAGUUAUUGCUUUGAUCGUAGCUGCCAGCUGCCUGUGCGCAGUCUUUGCCGCACCUGCCGAGGCUGAAGCCAAGCAGGACCUGAAGACUUCAAGCACCUACGGACUUGGAUACGCCUCGCCGUACUACGGCGGAUACAGUGGAUACGGCGGAUACGGCGGAUACGGAGGACUUGGCGGAUACGGAGGUUACCCAUAUGGCGGAUAUGGAGGCUAUGGACGUUACGGAGGAUACGGAGGAUACUCCGGAUACGGAGGCUAUGGCGGAUAUGGACACGGAGGAUACUACGGAGGAUACCCAGGAUACGGAGGUCUCUUCGGCUAAACAAAAAUCUUGCUCAAAUUUUCUGAAAAUGUGGAGAACAAUGUCAGUUUGAAACUCUUCCCAGUGUGAAAAUGCCUGCCACUUCUAGUUUUAAGACAGAAAACUCUCUUCAUAUAAUUAUUAUCCAUCGUAAACCUCAAUUUAUAAAUAAUAAUUUAUUUUCUAGGUCUAUGUUUUGAAAUAUUUUAUCAAAAAAUUAAACUCUCAAUAUUUUUUGCUUAGGAUCUUUGCUUGCUAUCAUUAUGAAAAUUACUGUGAAUCAAAGUACCACAUGUUACCAAUCAUUUGUAAAAACGUGUUCUAUGUACCCAUUGUAAUUUUGUAAUAUUUUCCUAAUAAAUUUUAAUACAAUUUCUUAAAA